UGGCUCGGCUCCAGGCUGGUGCCAGCUUCCCCAGGAAGGAUGCGGAGCGCACAGCUCUUGGCACUGCCGUCUCUGCUCUAGGUGCCGCCUCAUGGAGACCCCCGCCGCCCCCGCCGCUCCCGCCGCCCCCGCGGCUGGGAACCUCUGGCCUCCUUUGCUGCUGCUGACCGGCACGACGCUGUUGGCCGCCCUGCUGGGCGCCGCGCACCGGCUGGGGCUCUUCCAUCGGCUGCUGCACAAGGUGGACAAGGCCAGCACCCGGCAUGGUGGGGAGCACGUGGCAGCGGUGCUGAGGGCACACGGCGUGCGCUUUGUCUUCACGCUCGUGGGCGGGCACAUUUCGCCGCUGCUCGUGGCCUGCGAGAAGCUGGGCAUCCGCGUGGUGGACACCCGCCACGAGGUCACAGCCGUCUUCGCUGCUGACGCCGUGGCCCGCCUGACUGGAACGGUGGGUGUGGCGGCCGUGACGGCCGGCCCCGGCCUCACUAACACGGUCACCGCCGUCAAGAACGCGCAGAUGGCACAGUCACCGGUCCUGCUUCUGGGCGGGGCGGCCGCCACCCUGCUGCAGAAACGGGGCGCACUCCAGGCCAUCGACCAGAUGUCGCUGUUCCGGCCGCUGUGCAAGUUCUGCGCGUCCGUGCGGAGGGUGCGAGACAUCGUGCCCACUCUGAGGGCCGCCAUGGCUGCCGCCCAGUCGGGUACCCCAGGACCCGUGUUCGUGGAGCUGCCCAUAGACAUGAUGUACCCCUACUUCCUGGUUGAGAAGGAGGUGUUGCCGUCCAAGCUGCCCCGCGGCCUGGUGGCCCGGGGGAUCUACUGGUACCUGGAGAAUUACCUGGCCAACCUCUUUGCAGGGGCCUGGGAGCCGCAGCCCGAGGGGCCCCUGCCCCUGAACAUCCCCUGGGCGCCCCCACAGCAGGUGCAGCGCUGCAUAGAGAUGCUGAGCCGAGCCAAGAGGCCCCUGCUGGUGCUAGGGAGCCAGGCCCUGCUGCCCCCAACACCUGCCAGCAAGCUCCGGGCUGCCGUGGAGACCCUGGGCAUCCCCUGCUUCCUUGGGGGGAUGGCACGGGGUCUGCUGGGCCGCAACCACCCCCUCCACAUCCGGCAGAACCGCGGGGCCGCCCUGAAGAAGGCUGACGUGGUCGUGUUGGCAGGGAUCGUGUGUGACUUCCGCCUGUCCUACGGCCGCGUCCUCAGUCGGAGCUGCAAAGUCAUUAUUGCCAAUCGCAACCGGGACGAGAUGCUGCUCAACUCGGACAUCUUCUGGAAGCCACAGGAGGCCGUGCAGGGGGAUGUAGGUUCCUUCGUGCUGAAGCUGGCGGGAGGCCUCGAGGGCCAGAAGUGGCCCUCGGACUGGGUGGAGGAGCUGCGGGAAGCCGACCGCCAGAAGGAGAAGACCUUUCGGGAGAAGGCGGCGAAGCCCGUGGCCCAGCACCUGAACCCGGUGCGGGUGCUGCAGCUGGUGGAGGAAGUUCUGCCCGACAACUCGGUUCUGGUGGUCGAUGGUGGUGACUUUGUGGGCACCGCUGCCCACCUGGUGCAACCCCGCAGCCCCCUGCGCUGGCUUGAUCCUGGGGCCUUUGGGACGCUUGGAGUCGGGGCGGGAUUCGCACUAGGUGCCAAGCUGUGCCUACCAGAUGCCGAGGUGUGGUGCCUGUUUGGGGAUGGGGCCUUUGGCUAUAGCCUCAUCGAAUUUGACACGUUUGUCAGACACAAGGUACCAGUGAUUGCACUGAUAGGAAACGAUGCGUGCUGGACCCAGAUCGCUCGGGAGCAGGUGCCCAUCCUGGGCAGCAGCGUGGCCUGUGGCCUGGAUUACACUGCUUAUCACAAGGCAGCCAUGGGGCUGGGGGCCCAGGGCCUGCUGCUGUCCCAGGACAAUGAGGACCAGGUGACAAGCACGCUCCGUGAGGCCCAGAAGCAGUGCCAAGACGGCCACGCAGUGGUGGUCAACAUCCUCAUUGGCAGGACGGACUUCCGGGAUGGUGCCCUGGCCGUCUAAGGCUGCGGGUCGGUGCGCCCAGCCCCUCUCCCUGCCCC